UUGUUUUCUGACGAUUUAGAAUAAGGGAUUAUAUUUGUAGAUGCAAACACGUAAAGUUUGCACAUCCAUUUAAUUGGAAAACAAACAAUGAAAAUGGGCAAAUUUUUAAAAUUUUUAUCUGAUGACCGUUACCGUUAUCAGACCUAUUUAUUCUUGAAUCGACCACAACAUUUUCUUGGCAUUUUAUAUCAAAUAUUUAUUGCAACAUUAGCAGCAACAUGUUUGAUUUUAUCCAUAUGCUGUCCAGAUAUUCUAUUGUUUUGGCUUGAUAUCUUAAUGACAAUAACAUUCAGUUUAGAAUUCAUCGUACAGAUAUGGGCAUCUUCAUGUUUACCAAAAUAUCGAUCGAAUCGAUUCAUUUCGAUUCGUAUUAUAUUGGAUCCCAUUUGUUUAUUGGAUUUAUUAAUCAUUAUCACUACUGUGAUUGGUAUUGUUACAAAUCAUAAUGAUAUUACAAUGAUAUCAUCAUUGUUACGAGGAUUCCGUAUUCUACAAUUUUUCGAACAUAAAUAUCGAUUAUGGCGAUUGAUUGUCAGCGUAAUAUGGAAUGGAAGAUUUCAGCUUUUAUUAUGUUUAUAUUUUGCUUUAAUUUUAUUUGUUUUUACAUCGUUUGCAAUGUUUCUCAUUGAACAAAAUAACAAUGAACAAUUAGGGACACUUGGUCGAUCAAUGUGGUUUACAUUGAUCACAUUGUCAACAGUUGGCUAUGGUGAUACGUAUCCUAUUACAACAACCGGUAAAAUCGUUACCGCUUUUGCAGUGAUCUUGGGCCUUUCAGUUUUUAGCUUACCGGGUGGUAUUAUUGGAGCCGGUCUGGCCCUUAAAGUAGAGAACGAAGAGACGAUUAGAAGUGAAUUACAGGAGAAUAAUGCAGCUCGUGUCAUUCAAAGUGCCUGGAAAGUUUAUCGGUCCCGAAGAUUACUUGAACAAUCUUCUUCCAGGCCGUUAACUACUUCGAUCACAAUGACGGGAAAUGGCCAAACAUUAAAGAAACGAUCACUUAAUUUGCGAGUGAUACAAUUUGUUGACUUGUUGAAAUUUUCCUUAUCUUGUCGUCGAUUUAAGAAAUCAUUGCGAAUGUUAUCGGCAAAAAAUUUUCAUGAAUUAUAUAGUCAAAAUUGUAUGGAACAAAUGGAAAAACUUGCCAUCCUAGAAAUGAUUAUUCGAGAUCAAGAAACUACGUUACAUGAACUUUUGUCUUUGCUUCGACAAAAAAAGCAAAAGCGCCGAAAUGUGGAAGAAAAAUCUUUGUUAAAAAAGCAAAAAAAUGCAGUUCUGAGCAGAAGACCAAAUGCUAUAAGACGUCUUAGAACUUGUAAUUUGAAUAAAUCAACAAGAAAUGAUUUUGAAGAGAUUGAACUUACCGAUGUUGAUUAAAAGAGAUUUCUUCAAAACCAAUCUAAACAGAAUAAAAUACAUUUUUAUUUGCUAUUACAUUAAGUCAAGCUUGAAUUUAAUUGAUUCGAAUCACAUUCUGGC